GGCAACAAGAGCUUCGCAUGCAACUUAGUUAAGCCAUCUUGGUACCUUUACUUUCAUCAUACACACCUUCCACGCAAAUCUGAAAGCAACGCCCACAUUACACUUCCGAUAAUUCAAUCACCUUCACCUAAUAAAACAUCCCAUACAUACUAUCGGACUCCUUGCGACAUUCGACAUGGCUACCGACGGCGUUAUGGAGCGCGAACGUGCGUUGAACACAUUUAGGGAAAAGUUAUUGGAGUCCAGAGAAUGGGAGGCAAAGCUCAAGGCUUUACGGUUAGAAAUUAAGGGAUUGCAGAAAGACUUCGACCAUACAGAGGAUAAUAUCAAAGCCCUGCAAAGUGUUGGACAAAUUAUCGGCGAGGUUUUGAAACAACUUGAUGAUGAGAGAUUCAUCGUCAAAGCAUCAUCUGGGCCCAGAUAUGUCGUCGGCUGCAGGUCGAAGGUUGAUAAAUUGAAGUUGAAGCAAGGAACCCGUGUAGCACUCGACAUGACAACUCUCACAAUUAUGCGAAUGUUACCUCGAGAAGUCGAUCCACUUGUUUAUAACAUGUCUUUGGAAGAUCCAGGACAAGUGAGCUUCGGUGGAAUUGGUGGUUUGAAUGAACAGAUUAGAGAAUUACGAGAAGUUAUCGAACUGCCACUCAAAAAUCCGGAAUUGUUCUUGCGAGUUGGUAUCAAGCCUCCGAAGGGUGUUUUGUUAUAUGGACCUCCAGGAACUGGAAAGACUUUGUUAGCAAGAGCUGUUGCCAGCAGUUUGGAGACAAACUUUUUAAAGGUUGUCUCAUCUGCUAUCGUCGAUAAGUACAUCGGAGAAUCUGCGCGUCUGAUCAGAGAGAUGUUCGGUUAUGCCAAGGAACAUGAGCCAUGUAUUAUCUUCAUGGACGAAAUUGAUGCUAUUGGUGGACGUAGAUUUUCGGAGGGAACUUCGGCAGAUCGUGAAAUUCAGAGAACCUUGAUGGAAUUGUUGAAUCAACUCGAUGGUUUCGAUUAUUUGGGAAAGACAAAAAUCAUCAUGGCUACUAACCGCCCGGAUACCCUUGAUCCUGCGCUUCUCAGAGCUGGUCGUCUCGACAGGAAGAUCGAGAUUCCUCUGCCAAAUGAGGUUGGACGAUUGGAAAUUAUGAAGAUUCAUGCUUCCAGCGUCGUUAUUGAUGGCGAGGUCGACUUCGAAAGUGUGGUAAAGAUGAGUGAUGGUUUGAACGGUGCUGAUUUACGAAACGUUGUCACAGAGGCUGGUUUAUUUGCUAUCAAGGAUUACAGAGAUGCUGUCAACCAGGACGAUUUCAAUAAAGCUGUUCGUAAAGUGGCAGAAUCAAAGAAAUUGGAAGGCAAGCUGGAAUAUCAAAAACUAUGAUUGGUACAUAGAUUUCGUUUUAGCAUGGCGCAUCGCAUAAUUGAGGGAUGGUUGGGCAUACCGCUCGACUUUGUAAGAAUACCACAUGAAAAAGAACCUCUUUGAAAUUCCAUGAACCUGUGCAAACGGGACAGCGUGCCAUGAAAUAAAAUUCUUUUUCCA